AUGGGACUUGUUGCUGUAGAAGAGGAGAAGAAGGAAUUGGUUCGUGAUGUGCAUAGAUUGGCCCAGUUAAGUGUCCAACUACUGGAUUCCACCAAGGGUGGGUUCAUGGUUCAUCAUAUUUCUGAAUCAUCCUUUGUAGUUGACGUGAGGUCUAAGCAACAACUUGAUCCUAUUUUGGUGGAAUUGAAAGAAUCGGUUCUCAACAAGUCUAUUGAGGAAAUGAAUACAAUAAGGGCGAAUGCAAGGAGGAUGGAAGAGGAGAAUGUGAAUGAGGGAGUUCCUCCCCAAGCUGCCCAAAAUCCUCAAGCUCCUAAUGAUGAGGGGGAUAUGACCAAUGUGGAUAUAAGGACUGCUCUUCAAACAUUGACUCAUGCUUUAACGACUCAAGUCACUAGAGAUGCUAGGGUGCAAGUGAACCCCAAUGCAAGUAAAACUGCUUCAAGGAUAAUGGAUUUCACAAGAAUGAAUCACCCAACAUUCUAUGGCUCCAAAGUGGAUGAGGACCCACAGGGUUUUGUGAUGAAGUGUUUAAAGUGCUUGAUGCUAUGGGAACAAAAGCUCAAGCAAGUGAAUAUAGAAAUGAAUAGGGCAAGGACCGAUGAUGGGAAUUCUUCUAAGGGUAAAAUUGAGGUUCAAGGAAAACCAAGGUUCAAGAAGAGAUUUUCCAACCAAGGCUCCUAUAGCAAUCCUAAGGUCAACAAAGAAAGGGUAUCCACCUCUAAGCCUCAAGGUGGUAUUGGUGGGGAUUCUGAUGUUGAUAGACCUACUUGUUCAAAAUAUUGCAAGAAGCAUGAGGGGAAGUUCCUUGUUGGCAUGGGUGAGUGCUUUAGUUGUGGGAAAAGUGGUAACAUGAGCAGAGAUUGUCCCAUGGUAAGGGCUCAAGGAAGAGAGGGCAAACAAGUCCGUCCUAGUGGCUCUAAUUUUGAUGCUCCCAAGAAGAAUCACUUCUAUGCUCUCCAAUCUAAAAGUUUUCAAGAGGGAUCCCCAGUUGUUGUUACUGGUAUGUUGCAAGUAUUUUCCAUUUAUGUUUAUACCCCUUUUGUGUUUAUGAAAUUUGAUCUAUCCCCCGAAAAGUUAGAGGAACCUUUUUUAGAUUCUACCUCGGUUGGUGACUCUGUUAUAGCUAAAAGAAUUUAA